CACUGUAUGUAACUUGUUCGUAGCGAGUGUAUUUGGUUUGAACGGAAUAAUUAGUUUGUUUUUAUCAAUCACACGACAUUGUUACAAUAGUUAUGUUCGUGGUUUUGUUCUUUUGUUUCGAGUGAAUAUUAUAUUUUGUGAUUAUAUCAUUUCAAGAAGCUUAAGAAAACUAAACUCUGAUUUCAAAAAGAGAAGUUAGUUUUUUGGAAAGCUAAACUAGCCCUGACGUUAUAUCAAAACCAAAAUCAAUUAACGUGUUUCUAGCCUAGUUCGUAUGCAAAGUAGCACUACAAAACUGAUGGUGAAGCCAAUUUGGAGCUACCCAGAAAAAUAAAUCUGAUCUGUCAGUGUUCAGCGGCAAGUAGAGAAUGCCUACUGGGUAGGAGAACAUGUGGCGAGUCUAGUGGGGGGAGGACAGCGCAUCACAUUGAAUAUCUGAGUGCACUAAAAGACAAGACUGGGCCUUGAGCGUGACCUUCCAAGCACUAAGAUCAUUCAUUGCUCCUAUUAAUAGAAAGGCUAAAUAUAGAGAAAACAUUUUCAAGGAUCCUGAAAAUGGACUGAAGGGAAAAAGAAGCAAAGAAAAUAAGAUAAAAAGAAAUUAAAAGCUAAUAAACCAAUAUUGGAGCAUAAAAGACACAAGAACAGGGAAAGACAACUACUUUACAGAAAGAAAAAGGCGCAGCAGCUAAAGAAAAGUAAUGAUGAAAACAUCAAAGCAUACAAUGAAACUUACCUCGGAAUAUGUAAAAGCCCAUGCACACUGGAAAAAGCAAUAAAAAAGCUAAAUAUAAACUACCUUCUAGUCCAUCCAAGAAGAAAACGGUACUCAAAAGAUUAACAAAGAAAAGGCCCAAGACAAUUAUCUGAAGGAAGACACUUUUUUAAUAAUCAUGAAAUCUGAAACUGCCAGAUGGAUAAGGAUAAUAUUGAGGAUUGGCUGUUGUUGCCAAGCAGUGAUGUCUCUGAUUUAGAAGAUAUGUCUGAUGAUGAGGCAGAUGAGCUGGUUUUCAACAAAAAUGUUAACGCAGAACUGGAACGCCAAUUAGCCCAGAACCAUAAUUUGGAAGAGUAUCCAAUUGCUGAAGAUGAGGAAGCACAGAAAACUGUCCAAGGGCCAGAAGGUGUAGAAGAGGAGGCAGAAGAAGGUGAAGAGGAGAUUGACGGCAGGGUUGAGGAAGUUAUUCGUGAAGAAGAGGUUACCAGCAGGGUUGAGGUAAUUUGUGAAAAGGUUGAAGAUCAGGCAGAAGUUGUACGAGGACUUUCCUCCCAAAGACCGACUCGUGGUAGGCCUAGAGUUAGGGAAGGAAGGCAAACUGCUGCUACCACUCCUUAUGUGGAACCAAGGCAAAGAGGAAGAGUAAGGAUCAGAGGUAUUAGAUGUCGAGGUGGACGUGAACGUCAUGUAUCUCCAGCAGCAAUAUGGAGGAAGCAACAAUUUAUUCCUUCAGACGCAAAUUAGAGUGGAAAUAUCCCUUAAGCACCAGCUGAUACGAUAAAUAAAUCUCCGCUAGACUAUUUUAAGAUUUUCAUUGACGAUGAAACAAUUUAAUUAUUUACACAACAGAGUAAUUUGUAGGCCCAACAACAAGGUAGGAUACUGGAAGUAAUUGAUAUUGAAAUAAAACAGUUUGUUGGCAUUCUCCUCUUCACUGGGAUUACUCCGAUGCCCCAGUAUAGAAUGUUUUGGGCCAGUGAAACCCGUUUUCCCCCUGUGGCAAAUGUUAUGUCACGUGACAGAUUUGAAUUAAUUUUAAAAUAUCUUCAUGUGGUUGAUAACACCACACGAGUUCCAGGCGCAGACAGAUUAUUUAAAGUAGCACCGUUGCUCAACCAUCUGCAAUAUGUUUGCAAAAACAUCCCCUCUGAGCAAAACCAGUCAGUGGAUGAGCACAUGAUCCCUUUCAAAGGGACCUCCAGAAUGAAACAAUAUGUAAAAAGGAAACAAAAAAGUGGGGUUACAAAACUUUUGAGAUGUGGUGACUGCUGUGUACGUGGGCCAGGAGAAAACUUGUCCACAGUACAACUUGGGGUAUUCGGGUGAUAUCGUGGUUCAUUUGUGUCUGGAUCUGGCUCACAACAUUGGCCACAGAGUAUUUUGAGACAAUUGGUUUUCAUCCAUUAAAUUGGUCAGAUACCUAAAAGAUAGAGGAUUGUGGGCUACUGAGGUGGUUCGUGUUGACAGAACAUACAACGCCCCUCUCCAAAGCGACCAAGAGAUGAAGGAGCAAGGAAGAGGGUCCUAUGACAGCGUAGUUGAUUAAAAAAAACUCUUUGGUUGCUGUACGAUGGUUAGACGACAACAAGCGCAUCACCAUGCUGUCAGCUGUUCACAGCGUUGAGCCGGUUGGGGUGUGCUCGAGAUGGUCUGAACAAGAUAAUCGGAGAAUUGCAGUUACAAGACCACACAUUGUAGAAGUGUAUAAUGAAUCCAUGGGAGGCGUGGACAUAUUUGGAAUGCUGAUUGCGUUGUGCAGGAUUCAUGUCCGCAGCAGAAGAGGUUAUAUGAGAAUAGUGCACUGGGUAUUUAAUAUAUCGGUUGUAAAUGGAUGGCUUCUAUAUCGCCGUCACAUGAGGCAGAUGGACCACAGCGUUGAUUAUACCUUAUUACAGUUUCAGACGUACAGAGCAUUAUGUACUGCAGGUGUAGUUUCCGAGAGGAAAAAGCUGCGAGGCCAAGAUUCACCCCCCGCCAACACCUAAAAUGGGGGCAAAAUGACUGCUUCCUGUAGACGAAACUAGGUUUGACAACCAGGGACAUUGGCUGAGAAGAAAGGUCGUUGUGCUCGCUCUCUCUCUGACACACACACACACACACACACACACACACACACACACACACACACACACACAAAGACAACACAGAUGACCUGCACAAAGUGUAAUCUGCCCUGUUAAGCUAAAAAAAACAGUAACUGCACUUGGGGUGAUUCUGAGAUACAACCGGUUUAGUGUUUUGUUCAAAACCAACAAACAAUCGAAUUGUUAGGGAUUUUUCCUUUAUCAACCUUGCACAUCCUUUCCAUUUUGGUCUUCCUUGGUGGCACUGGAAUAUUUUCCAGAAAAUGUUUACCCGUGGAAAGUCGGCUGAGCCGAGUUCUACUGCUGCCAUUACUGUUCGGCCGCGGAUUUUCCAUCUCGCUGGUGCUAGUGCUGCACAAAGCCCUAUGAUAAAAUCAGUUGUAUAUAUCUUCUUGUUUGUAGUUUUAUUGCACAAAAUACAAGCAUUAACCAAACAAAUAAGAAACAUGUGGAAUGAUAAUUUUCUCCACCACUUCACUGACCUAUGAUCAAAUGCACCGUAGGACAUACGUUUGGUCAACUACAAACUUGUUUUUGUUGUAGCUCACAACACAGGCCCUCUUGGUAUUUUCCCUAUUACACUUUCAGAAUAAGUCACCAUUUCAGCAGUGUGCCUAGAAGAAACCCUAAAUACAUCCCUCUUAUCCUUCCAGCGUACUACGAGAACAUUGCCUUUUCUCCUAAAAAUCUGCUCCCCCUUUUUCAGCUUAGCCUCUUUUACACCUGGAGGUAUUUCUUUCCUGUUUUUCAUUGUUGUUCCAACAAGUCCUGUUUUUUUACUUCCAAGAUCAGUUAGCUAAAGCAGGGCUAGUGUAGAAUCUGUCAGUAUACAAAGUACGUCCACAACCUGUCAAGUCACCCAUUAGAUUGUCAACUAGUUGUAUAGUUGUAUUGCUAUGGCCAGAGUACAAUUUAAAAUUCCAAAUGUAACCAGAGUUUGAUUCUGAUACCAUAAACAGUUUAAUCCCGUACUUACUGGGUUUCUGGGGCAUAUACUGCUUGAAAUGCAGCCUUCCACGGAAUUUACACAUCUCUUCGUCAAUGGUAACAUUUUCGCCUGGGAGGUAGGCUUUUUGGAAACGAAUCCGUAUAAGUUUCCAACAAGGGACGGACUUAAUGUAAAGGGUCAUGGCCUUGUAGCCCCUUUUCAAUAAAAAGCCUGUUGUAAUUUAAGUGGAAAAUUGGCCAAGAGAAGCCAAAACCUAUCUCUACUCAUAAGAUUAGGGCAAAAGUUACAUGACACUACAGAGUCGGUUGACCAAUGAUGAUAUAUCUUGGGCUUUUGGUUGAUACUCAUGUGGAAAAUAAUGACCAAACAUUUUUUCAACUCCCCAAGUGUCAUAGUUUUCCAAGAAUUCAUCCUACUUGUUAGAAUUAACUUAUCUGUAGAUUUUUGGUUUCUCAAGUUCUGUUGAGCUUACAGGUUAGUUUGCUCUUUUAUGUGAUGGAGUAGAUUAUUGUCUAUAAAAUGUGUAAAAAACUCAAGAAUAGUGCUGUCCUUAUCUAAUUCUGGUAUUUCAGUUAGUCCAGAUUCCCCACAAAACACGUCAAUUUCUGGAACAUUGUCUGUUUCUGUCCACAUAUCACUUUCGCUGUCAGUACUGUUUUCAGCAUAUGUAACAUAAUAAUAUACUAUGUAAAAUAUAAAUGUAUUUUCAUUUUAUUCAUAUGAAUAGAAUAUUAGUCGAAUAAAGUUAAU